AGAAAGAAAAUGUCAAAAUUCAAAAAGACUGAUCGUGUCAUGGCACGUUGGCCAGGGUCAUCCUUGUGGUUUGAAGGCACAGUUAUUGACUUAAAUGAUAUUGAAUACCUGGUUUGCUUUGAAGAUACCGCAAAAUCUAAAUAUGUCGUCAAAUACAAGGAUGUCAAGUCUCUGACAGAAUUCAGGAGACGUUCCAAGAGUCGUGGAAGAUCUAGUAGUAGAGGGAGAUCGAGCAAAACAAAAAGUCCAGGUCGUCGUUCUACAUUAGAGCCAAAACCUUCGCCAGCGAAAACUGCUCAACGUGCAGUAGAAAUCAUCAAAGUCAUUGAGCCAGAGCCUGUAGUGAAACAUAAGACUAUAGUGGAGCCCAGGAAUGUACUGGAACGCUGGAAUGACAUGGAACACAAGAAUGUACUACUUGAGUGCAGGAAUGAUGUGGAACACAAGAAUAUACUGGAACGUAGGCAUGAAGUGGAACGCAAAAAUGAAGUUCUCAGGACAGAUGUCUUCACUCGUCUCUCUAGAGCUGAUGUGGCAGUUCAGCGAACCUCCUCACCCAUCUGGCAAUCUCACCGCAUUGUUUCCUCGAAUGAGAAGAUUGAAUACAACAGUCAAAUGAACAAUGUGAGGACUGUCACCUCUAAGAAAGAGCCAACCCCGAAAAGCCUUGGUAGCCGCCUCUGUGGCAUAUCUUGCAGUGUAGGCUCAAGCAUCAAAUCUGGCAUCUGUGCCUUUAUACCAUCACUUGCCACUGUCAAGUUUCUGAUAUUGACUCUCAUCAUAACUGCCAUGCCAGUAUUUCUUACAGAGAUGUGUACAAAGAACAAAUGCACAGUUAUGGAGAUGCCCGUUAUGCCUCGCAAAUUUCAAGUCUACUAUGACCCAUUGUCCAUUGCUCUGGUUGCUGGCUUUCUGGUAACUCAACUCUUGCUCUACCUUAUUCCCCUGGGUAAGGUGGUGAAACCCAAAAAUGGAGCAACUGUACAUUGCAAUGGGAUCAUUGCUUUGCUUGUGUCAGUGGCAGUGUUGUCCAGUCUGAUGUACUUUGGUUAUGAUGUACUGCAAGUGUACACUAAGUACCGUCAGCUUCUAGCCACCAGCAUGGCACUUAGCAUGGUUCUAACGCUUGCCGUGUACAUCCGUGCUAGGUAUAUUCCCGAUGAUGCCAAAAACCCUGUGGGAAAUUCAGGAAUGUUCUUACCCGAUUUCUUCACCGGCCGAGAGCUAAACCCAGCUGUUAGGUCAUUGGAUCUAAAGUUCUUACUUUUCAGAGUUGCUCUACUUACUUGGAUCAUGAUCAACGUAUUGGUGGUGAUGAAGGAUUUACGUGCAAAUCCUGGUCAAUACAGCCCCACACUCUUGACAGCUUGUGGUCUACAGAUAUUCUAUGCAGUGGAUUAUCUUUGGUUUGAAGACAGUUAUUUUACCACUUACGAUUAUAUGCGCCAAGGAUGUGGCCUUUUAUUCAUCCUUGGACACCUGACGGGGCCUUUCAUCGUUACUGUCUUUACCAGAUUUAUUCUUAACCACGGGACUGAACUUGAAUGGUAUUACCUGUCCUUGAUUGUUGCGCUCAACCUGGUGGGUUACACCAUCCUUCGCGGCUCCAACUCCCAGAAGCAUUCUUUCCGUUCUAAUCCAUCAGACCCAGCCUUGGCCUAUUUAGAGAGUCUACCGACCCCAGCAGGGACAAGACUUUUAGUGUCUGGGUGGUGGGGUUUUCUGCGACAUCCCAACUAUCUUGGAGACCUCCUGACAUUUAUCUCUUGGGGUCUUCUCUGUGGCUUCAGACAUGCGUUGCCUUGGAUAUUGGUGGGCAUUGAUGUUCUCUUCUUGGUGGGAAGAAUCUUUGAGGUGGAGAGUGUAUGCAAGAAGAAAUAUGGAACAGCCUGGAACAGCUACACUGAGCGCGUCAAAUACCGUCUUAUACCAAAGAUAUUUUAGUUCCCCUGAGACUGACUUUCGUCCUCAUAGACAAACAAGUAUUGUAAGUAUGGUAAAUUCACAGUUGGCCCACAAAUUAGAAAUGAAAAUUAAAUAUGACAUUUGGUUCAGGAUAAAUCAAAUUGUCAUACAUUUUAUUUCUAAUUUGUGGGUUAGUAGUGAAUUGUUCUAGCAAUGCUGACGUGACUUAAAAAUAAAAUUAUGGUAAAUAUUUUUGUUUAUAUGACACACUGUGUCUCAGACUUGAACAAUAAGUCAAUGAUCAAAGAUGUUCGUCUGUGUGAUGGACAGAUUUUUUAUGGAAGUUAAAUUAUUUUCCUUAAAAUAAAAGUGUUGAUAGUCAUGAAAAAAUUAAAAAAAAAAAAACAUAUAUUACCUUUGCAAGUCAUGACCAAAGUAAAACAAAUACACUUGCUACCAUAUUUUCUAGCAUAUAAGGCACAGGCUGAUUUUCCAAGACUUUUUUAUGGGGGAGAUAAGUACGCCUUAUAUGCCAGAAAAUGCGGUAUGCAUGUAUACGGUACUUGACUGAUUUAUGCCAACUUUGUGUUUAUAUUUUACAAUGAAUAAGUUUAAAUAUUAUUUAUCUGCCUAUAUAGCUUAAAUGGGCUGGAGUGAUUCUUUUGUCCUAUAACUGUACUGCAAUACAGAAAUAACCCAUACUUUGGAGACUUAAAUUUAUGACAUGACUAGUUAAUGGUCCAAGUCUGACCAGAAUGUCAGUCCGAAGUGCAGGUUAUCUGUGUAUUGAGCCACUCAUGGUAUUGUGCCUUUUAAUUCUUUGCUAUAUUGUAUCACAUUGAUCAUGCACACAAAUAAUGUGAAUGUGAAAACUGUGCAUAGCAAAACUUUUCCUUUUAUCUCUUCCCUUUGAAUACUCGGAUAUCUCACACAUAGGAGAGAGAAGCUUAUGGUGAUGUUACGGUCCAACCUGGUCCAAGUCGGACUGAAACGUAGUUGUAAGCUUCUUUCCUAUGUGUGGGUUAUUUGUGUAUUGUUCCAGUCAUGGUAUUGUGCCUUUUUGUUCUUCCCUUUCAAUGUUUGACUGUGGCAUACAUGAUUGGUAUAGAAAUGUCACCAAUUUCAUUCACUAGUAAUUUCCAGAUUUCAAACUUGCUCAAACAUUUUUUCAUUCUUGUCUUCAUUAGCAUUAAAAAUCAGUCUUUGUUCAUCACCUUCAUAUGAAUAGCUUACUAUCCAUCACCUUCAUGUACAGAUAAAGUAAUGGUAGUGAAAAGUUUAAAUUGUUCAGAUAAUCACAUGUACCUGCUAGCCUUGGAAAGUGCAAUGCUCAGAAAGACCAACUGGUGUAUCCCGGUAACUUGUGUAUAUAAGAGAGAUCCAUUAAGAAAUUUAUUAAAACCAUUUUGGUGAAAAAAAUGAAACAAUCAGCCAGAAAUUUUUUUAAAAACACUCUGGCCAUCUCCUACCGAGACAGGGCGAAAUGUUUUCUUUAUUUUGUAAAUAAAUUUGAUUUAUCUUUCUCAAGCUACAAGACAUGGGAGUUAAAAUAUGCAAUGCUAUUACUAUUAUAAGUACAAAAUGUAUAUUUAUUAUAUUUUUAAGAUAUACAUCAAUUUUUAUUAUUAAAUAUCACUUGUGAAACAGCUUAAGCAUUUUAAUUUCAAUAGACUCUUACACAGGGAAUAUUUAGGCAGUAUUUCAUCAGCAUAUCUUGAUUAUGCGGUAAACCCUCCAUUUUGACGGACUUCAGAAACGUGGAAGAAAACCCACUGGGUUAAUAGAUUUGGGAACAUUAGACAAAGUCCUUUGGUCACAGUUUUUAAUUAUUGUUACAAUCACUGCAAAGUAUAAAAAUUUUUGAUACACUACAAUUGCCAUUACUGGCCACCUGCUUCCCCUAAUUAGUCUGUUAAAUAGAGGGUUUACUGUAUGUAAUAACCAUUACCUUACUGGUGGAGCUCUGAGAAAAUACAAUAAGUAUAUUCCUACCCUCCUCUCCUUAUCCCUCCAUUCCUUCUCCUCCCUCCACCCCUUAUCAAUACUUGUGUGCAUACUAUGUAAAUGUAAGAAAAUCAUAUGCCUCAAAGUUACAACUACCUGUUUUUUAUGCAUAUACCACAUGUGAGAGUCUAUUGUAAGAGAUUUGUUGGCAUGAAAGCUGAUAGUUAAUAAUGGUCAUGUAUUUGUAUUGCUAAGUUGUAAAUGUUGCAUGACUUGUCCUAGUGUACAUCAUUUAGGAAGAUUUCCAAGUGAUCUCAGAGACUUAGGUAAGUCUGAGGAGCAUAAUGUGCAUUUUUUAUAUUUAAUUAGCGAUGUUUUAAUUGCAUUUAUGCCAGCGAGUAUAAAUGUUGGAAAACCCUAUGAUUAUAGAUAGUAUAGUACCUUAAACUGUAUGUUUAGAUUACUGAGGAAAGAUAAGUUAAACUUGAUAUUUUAUGUUGUUAAAGACACUUAUUGAAGUUACUUGUACAGUAUGCAAGGAUUGAAAUGUAAGUUCUCAAAAUGAAUGACUUUUUUUAAUAAACAUAUUUUAAUAUUAUAGA